AUGGCAAGUACACCCAACGCGGCGACCGCCCCACAUUCUCAGCCGUUUCGCCCCAACACCUCACCCAUGUCGAUCUUCAACCUCCCUAAAGAGAUUCGUUUGCAAAUCUGGUCACUUGUCUACUUCAAUGAACCGCCUCGAUUUGUAACGCUUGUUACCAAACCUCACGACGAGUACCAUGCGGAAGACGUGUUCUGCCCGCGCUUCUCGCCCACCACGCCACCUGCAGUUGUGAACAUCUGCCGGGAAUCACGUCUCGAAGCUGAGUUCCAAGCGUUACGUGCCUGUCACUUGAUCCAUCUUCCCUCGCCGCUAGACCCGCAAUGCCCAGACUUUUACUUCCGGAUCAACACGGACAUCUUAUUCAUCGACCUCCAGCACGGGAUCAGUAAGCACUUCGACGAUUCUCCAGACUGCGGCCUGCUCGCACAUUUCCUCGAAGCUGCUGGAUGUGACACGUCCCUUUUGAAAAAGAUCGCAGUUACGCAAAUCGUACGCGUCGCCUUCAUUGACGGCGCACUCUCAAAUUGUCUACGCGAUUUCCCAAACAUCGAGCACCUGAUCAUGGUUGUUGAUGCUAAAGACAUGCGCAGCAGCCAGGAGAGGGAGAGGUUCGUUUUGGCAGCGAGACGCAUUGUGACGCAGUACCGGCUCGACAUGCGGAUUAGGGUGAAGGCAAGGGGGGAGGUGUACGUGCAUAGUGAACGCAGCUUUGAUCUUGACUUUGCUGUGAGGGCUGGUAGAGGUCUCCAGUUACUGGAGAAGAGUGUUUGGGAAAAGUGGGGGGACUUGGAGAAGGGAUGGUGGAGCGAGGAUGUGCCGCAGAGGUAUAUUGACUUCUACUUCUGA